AUGGGGGUCUCAGAACCACCAUCCUAUACCCAAGAGCCUGUCGACAAGCGCGAAAGCCAGGCCAGUUCCAGCACGGACUUCGAUCUGCCUCCUCUCACGACUACCACUAAGCGCAAGUUGCAAGCCAAGGUCGAUUGGCACAUCCUACCCUGUCUGUGUAUUUUGUAUUUGCUUGCCUUUUUGGAUCGAGUUAAUAUUAGCAAUGCCGCUAUUCUCGGACUUAAGGAGGAUUUGAACAUCGUCGAUGGAACGAAAUACAACACGGCGCUCACGAUCUUCUUCGUUCCGUAUAUUGUCUUGGAGAUUCCGUCAAACAUCUUGCUAAAAAAGUUGAAGCCCCAUGUCUGGCUGUCGGGAUGCAUGUUCAUGUUUGGCUUGGUCUUGCUCUUCCAGGGUCUGGUACAGAACUGGGGUGGACUAAUGGCCACUCGCUUCUUUUUGGGUGUCUUUGAGACAGGCAUGUUCCCUGGAUGUUUCUAUCUGUUGGGCAUGUGGUACACACGCUCUGAGGCUCAAAAGCGUUUCAGUUUCUUCUUUAGCUCCACUUCCCUAGCCGGCGCCUUCGGUGGUCUGCUUGCCAGCGGAAUUGCAAAGAUGGAUGGCAUGUGCGGCUACAGUGGCUGGCGCUGGGUGUUCAUUAUCGAGGGCGUUUUGACCAGCGUGGUCGCGAUCAUUCUGUUCUUUUUCAUUGCUGAUUUCCCCGAGGAUGUUAAGUGGCUGAACGAGGAAGAGCGCACAUACAUGCGUGCCAAGUUGGCCAAGGAUGUUGGCAAGGCUGCUCACAACGUUCACUUGGGCAAGCGCGAGGUUCUGGGUGUGUUCAAGGACUACAAGGUCUUCAUCGGAGGCUUUAUGUACUUCGGCUUGAUUGUCCCUGCUUACGGGUAUGCAUACUUCGCGCCAUCGAUUAUCCAGACCUACGGCUAUAGUGCGAUCAAAACCCAGCUGUACUCUAUUCCUCCCUGGGCUGCAGCAUUCGGCUUCUCGAUGGUAGUCGCCUUCUGCUCUGACCGACUGCGACACCGAUUCGUUUUCACCUUGAUUCCAAUGGCGAUCGCUGUUGCCGGAUUCAUCAUGCUCAUGACAAUCCAUAACAGUACUAGUGCGCAAUUUGGCGCUCUUUUCCUGCUCACCAGUGGCUGUUACAGCGCCAUGCCUGUCAUUGUAUGCUGGUUCUCCAUGAAUUUGGGUGGCCAUCAUCGACGCAGCGUGGGAACCGCAUGGCAGAUUGGCUUCGGCAAUAUCGGUGGAAUCAUCGCUACUUAUUCUUUCGUUGUAAAGAAUGGCGUCACAGAUUUCCGAACUGGGUAUAUCAUCUGCCUCUCGUUCAUUUGCCUCGCCGCUCUGUCAUGCGCGCUCUACAUGGCGGCCCUUUGGUUUGAGAACAAGAAACGUGACCGCGCCCCUGUUGACCCUGCUACGAUUCCAGAGGACGAGGAGGAAUAUCUCGGCGAUUUGGCGCCCACGUAUCGGUACACGUACUGA